GUUUAGAGGAAAAGAAUUAAUUCAACAGCAAAAACUGCUUGUAAAUCUUGAAAGAAAGCAAAAACUUAUGGAAUUACCACAAAGUCAGACCAGACCAAUGCAAAUAAAAUUAUCGCCAUUGGAAUGUGGUUGGAAGAGUGUUACAAUGGAUGGCAGAAGCAUUGAAUCAGAUCUUAUUGGAAAAGAUACAUUUGAAAGUUUUGAAACCUGGAUUUUGGAAAACAAAAUGAUAAUUUGUAUGACCAGUAAUUUAGCACGUAAGACUAGAAUCAAUUCAUUUAUAGUAACUGGGAAUGGAAAUAGAUUGGCUGGAUUUGCGUUAUCAAAAGCCAAAGCAUCCCUAAAGACGAUUAAAAAUAGGGCUGGUCAAAGAUUAAUGUAUAUUCCUACAUAUAAGAAACACACUGUGUUACAUGAUUUCUUUACACAGUUUGAGAAUAUAAAAAUAUUUGUAAAGAAAAUUCAUGAAGGAUAAUGGACUUGUUUGUCAUCAUGCGAUAAAAGCAUGUUGCGAGAUAAUUGGCAUAAAGGAUAUGUAUGCCAAAGUACAAGGAGGAAUGUAAAAGCAUUCUUUGGUUGGUUUAUUGCAAUAGGUGUGAAUAUAAAGUAUUUAAAGGCAUAUUAUACUUUUUAUUUAAUU